CCCGGGCCCGGAGGGGCUGGCGCCUUCCCCGCAGGUGUGCGGGGCGGGAGGAGCUUCUCGGCGCCUCGGAGAUUCCUGGGCCCGCGGCGCUCAACGCCCAGCCCCGCCAUAACCUGCGGGCGGAGGCCGGCGCCCUGGGUGGUGAGGAGGAAGCGCGGCCCGGGGUCCGGAGGGCCCGGUGUCACGCCGGGUCUCACUCGGGAGACAGGUGCGCCACACGCGGGCCGCGCGCGCCUCUGUUCCGGGCGCGGGGAUCCUGGUUACUGGGAGUCAGGCAUUGCUGAGCCGGCUUAGUUCCGGCCACUUUGGGGCGGAAUCUGGAAAGACCGAGAGUGGAUUUUCGCUCAGAGACUCAAAGACGGUGCAAGCACGCAGUGUGGGCAGAGCACAGGGACCGAGCGAGGUCUGAAAUCACAAAUGUCGUCAAAUGAUGGACGAUCCAAGAAUAGGCACUACGAUGAGGUCCCAAGGGACCUGGCCUAUGAAGAUGGCACCAUAAGAACCCUGCAGACUCUUCGUGACAGUGAGCUGGCUGUGAGCGCAGAUCCUUUGCCACCACCCCCUCUCCCAUUACAGCCACCAUUCGGGCCUGACUUCUACUCAAGUGACACAGAGGAACCGGCUAUAGCACCGGAUCUCAAACCUGUAAGACGCUUUGUGCCUGAGUCCUGGAAGAACUUCUUCAGAGGGAAGAAAAAGGACCCAGAAUGGGAUAAGCCUGUGUCAGACAUCAGAUACAUCUCCGAUGGAGUGGAGUGUUCACCUCCAGCGUCUCCAGGGAGAACAAACCACCGUUCACCCCCCAACUCCUGCAAAGAUCCCUACGGAGGGUCAGAAGGAACCUUUAAUUCCCGGAAGGAGGCUGAAGCGAUGCUUCCCCAGGAUUCCUAUGGAUCUCUAGGCCGACACACACAAACAGCUCUCACAUACAGUGAGAAGGUGGAGGCAUAUAACCUGAGGUAUUCCUACAUGAAGUCGUGGCCUGGCCUGCUGAGAAUUCUGGGUGUGGUGGAGCUACUUCUGGGGGCCGGCGUCUUCGCUUGUGUCACAGCUUACAUUCACAAGGACAGUGAGUGGUAUAACAUGUUUGGCUAUUCCCCCCCCACUGCCGUGGGAGGCAUUGGUGGCCUGGGCAGUAUAUAUGGGGGCUAUUACUACAAUGGCCCCAAAACUCCUUUCGUGCUCGUGGUGGCUGGAUUAGCUUGGGUCACCACCAUUAUUAUCCUGGUUCUUGGCAUGUCCAUGUAUUAUCAGACCAUUCUUUUGGACUCUAACUGGUGGCCCCUAACUGAAUUUGGAAUUAAUGUGGCCUUGUUUAUUUUGUAUAUGGCCGCAGCCAUAGUCUAUGUGAAUGAUAUCAACCGAGGUGGACUCUGCAACUAUCCAUUAUUUAACACGCCGGUGAAUGCAGUGUUCUGCCGGGUGGAAGGAGGACAGAUAGCAGCGAUGGUGUUCCUGUUCGUCACCAUGAUUGUUUACCUCAUUGGUGCUUUGGUUUGCCUCAAGUUGUGGCGGCACGAGGCAGCCCGGAGACAUAGGGAGUGCGUGGAGCAACAGGAGAUAAGCGAGCCAUCAUUUUCAUCAAAAAGGAAAAUGUGUGAAAUGGCCAUUGGUGGUGAUAGACAGAGAGACCAAGAAGUUAAUUUCAAAGAAUUGAGAGCAACAAAAAUGAAACCUGAAGUACUGAGUAGACACAUUCCCGCGGGCCACAUCCCUAAACCUGUUGUGUUGCCUGACUAUGUGGCAAAGUACCCUGUGAUUCAGACAGAUGAUGAACGAGAACGCUAUAAAGCUGUGUUCCAAGACCAGUUUUCGGAGUACAAAGAGCUCUCUGCAGAAGUUCAAGCCGUCUUGAGGAAGUUUGAUGAGCUGGAUGCAGUGAUGAGGAGGUUGCCACAUCAUGCGGGAAACCAGCAGGAACAUGAGAGAAUUUCAAGAAUCCUUGAAGAGUUCAAGAAAAAAAAGAAGGAUCCUACAUUUCUGGAAAAAAAAGAACGCUGCGAUUAUCUAAAGAAUAAACUUUCUCACAUAAAGCAAAGAAUUCAAGAAUAUGAUAAAGUAAUGAAUUGGGAUGUUCAAAGUUAUUCUUAGACUUUAUUUGAAACCACUUUUUGAUAUGAAACUUCAUAUUUAUUUACUGUCUUUUUUAUGUUAGUUUCUGUGAUAAAGAAGCCAGCUCUUCCUGAACCAGUUUCUACUUGGUUUAGCUGGAAUGCAAUGUUAAAACAGGGUGAUUUCCCUUGAGCAUUUCAGAAAAACAAAUUUACCAAGGGCCUUUACUAAGCAUGGAGGAAACCCUGUAUUCAUUUGUGUACAGUCCAUGUUGAAAUGAAAAGUGAUUUAGAGAUCACAUCCUCAGGUGUGAGAGCAAGUAGAGUAUCGGUUCUGGUGCUAUAGAAUAUUAAUUUUACCUUUUUGAGUCAGGCACGUUCCUAAGUUUUCUAGGACAAACUUCCCUUCCCGGCCACAGCUUUCACUGUUCUCCCUUACAAGGGGUUUGAAUGCAAGAUAAACAUUUUCAAGCCUAAUGAUCUUGGGCAAGUUGCUUAAAUCUCGCUGUGCCUAUUUCUUCAUCUGUAAAACACGGCUGAUAAUAGUGCCUACCUCAUAGGGUUGUUAGGAGGAUUAAAUGAGUUAGUAUUUGUGACCUACUUAGAACAGAGUCUGGCCCCUUGUCAGCACUACGCUGUUGUUUGUGAAAUCUGUAGAAAAAUGUAUGUGAGGUGAAUAAACUUCCUAGAAUUUCUCAAGGAAAGAUCCUUAAUGAGCAAGGCUGACCAGCUAACCAAAAGGCCGUGUGUCUCAUGGCCUUCUCUCCUGUGUUGUUAAUAACCAACCACAGGUAGCCUUAAGCAGAUGCUUCCCUGUGGUUUUGCGCCCACUGGGGACUUCCCGUCCUUAGCCAGUGUCACUGAGCACACACGUCCAGCCCUUCCUGUUCACGUCACAUCACGUAGGACUGACUGUGUGGGUGUCCUUGCCUCUUCUCUCUUGUUUGGACGUUUAUCCUCAGGCCCCAUGACAUUGCCUUUGCUUAGAAUCCCCCGUUUGUUUAUUGGGAUGCUUCAUCUUCCCAAGACUUAUCUUCACUUUGGGGCUUUAUUCAAAAGAAAUGUUUUGUAUUUAUUAGUAGGGACAAUGAACUGCCUUAAAAAGUUUUGUUUUUUAAAAAAAAAUCAUUGCUUACUGGAUCCUGUUCAGCAGCAUCUAUUUUGUAAUUUCCCAGGGUUGGAAAUACAAUUUCUGCUUAAUGUAACUGCCGUUCACACAAUUGAUGUUUGAAGAAUUUUCUGAAGUGAAACCACAGAAAAGCGUGGAAAAGCAGAGGGUUAGGAAAUGUGGGUUCCUGAAUGAGUCUCCUGGUUUCCCUUUGCCGCCGAAAUCUUACUGCGUGUUGUUAGUGUUUUGAUACCAUGGUCCUCCCACUGCUUAGCGCCCUAAGAGUCUUAAGGGGUGAGGCCCCUUCUAGAAGCCCGCUUCCAUUAGAACAGCUUCACUUUCUAUUUUACACACUGGGCCCCGUGCUCACAUUUCACUUAAGAAUACCAGUGCUUAAAAAAAAAAAGAUAAAAUAAUUCCAUUUUGGUAGACUGUAAAGAGUUAGAUUAAUAUAGAAAUGAACUGUUAAGGAAAUUUAACUCUGCAAAACUUGAUUCUGUUAUAAUUAUAAAUGUUAUUUUUCCAAAACCAAUGUUGUAACACUGAACUUAAGUUUUUUAAUGUCUGUACCUAGGCAUAUUAAAAUUGUAAUUGUUUUGCUGUUCUGGCAUUCCUGUGUUGACCGGGCGUGUUCUUGCAAAUAUUUAACAUUAUCAUAAAGUAAACUGGAAAAUCAUUGAAAACCUGUAGGUCAUGACAUUCAGGUGGCUAUUUUCCCCUCCCCCAUUAUUUGUAAGAAUUCAAAGUCAAGGCCACUGUGCUGCUCUCCACAGGCUGCCGUCACAAAGUACCACAAGCCGACUGGCUUAAAACCACAGCGGUGUCCUGUCUCAGUUUUGCAGGCUAGAAAUCUGAAUCACGUUGUCAGCAGGGCCGAGCUCCCCGGGGAGGAUCCUGCCUGUCCUCCCGUGGUUUCCUGGCAACCGCUGGUGUGCCGUGGCUUGUGCGUGUAUCACCUAAAUCCUCUGUCUUCACACAGCUGUCUUCUUGUAGGGACACCAGUCGUACUGGGUGAGUGACUCACCUUCAGUAGGAUGAUCUCAUCUUUUUUUUCAAGUCAGCAUUUAUUCAGUUCAAUAUAACAAGUGAAAUGGUUAAGAACCAUUAUUUUUCAAAUGCCUCAAAUAUACUGGAAUUUUUUAAAAAGUUUUCUAAUUACAAAAGCAGUACAUGCAAAUUGUAGGAACUUUUGGAAAAGCAAAGUGUAAAGAAAAAUUUUAAGUACCAACAAUCUCACUGCUUAGAGGUGUCUACUGUUAAUAUUUGAUAUAUUUCCUUCUCUUUGUCUAUGCAAUUUUUUCCCAUCACCAUUUAUCCCUCCCAUACCCUCUUGCACCUCCACCAGUUUUCCUCCCCUGGAUGACCUCAUCGUAACUGAUUACACCUGCAAAGACCCUGUUUCCAAAUAACAUCACAUUCGAGGGACCAGAGGUUAGGUAUUCAACAUACCUUUUGGGGUUGAGUGGACACAAUUCAACCCAUAACAGCCACAUUCGGCAAGGUGCGAUUCAAAAGCAAGGAUAAUUCCCUGUACAUUUUUUCCCUCCACCUGACUUGAACAUAUAUUCUAAUUUAAAAUAUAGUAAGAGAAUAUGUAUGUCUGAAACUUGGAAAGAGGAAAGUAUAUAUUCUUUCUUUUAAAAUGUAUUUUAUUGAUUAUGCCAUUACGGUUGUCCUAUUCCCCCUUCAUUCCCCUCCACCCUCCAUACCCCUCCCCCACCAUCCUCGCCCUUUUGUUUAGGACCACGUAUCACAAGUUCUGUAGCUUCUACAUUUCCCCUACUAUUCUUGCUCUGCCCCCUAUCUACCUUCUACCUACCGUCUAUGCUACUUAUUCUCUGUACCUUCUCCCCUCUUGUCCUCUUCCCACUCCCCUAUUGCUAACCCUCCAGGUGAUCUCCAUUUCUAUGGUUCUGCUCCUGAUCUAGCUGUCCUUUUAGUUUGCUUUUGUUUUAGGUGUGGUUGUUAGUAACUGUGAGUUUGCUGUCCUUUCACUGUUCAUAUUUUUUAUCUUCUUUUUCUUAGAUAAGUCCCUUUAACAUUUCAUAUAACAAGGGCUUGUUGAUGAUGAACUCCUUGAAUUUGACCUUAUCAGAAAAGCACUUUAUCUGCCCUUCCAUUCUGAAUGAAAACUUUGCUGGAUAGAGCAAUCUUGGAUGUAGGUCUCUGGAUUUCAUGACUUGGAAUACUUCUUUCCAGCCCCUUCCUGCCUGGAAGAUCUCUUUGGAGAAAUCAGCUGACAGUCUGAUGGGAACUCCUUUGUAGGUGACUGUCCCCUUCUCUCUUGCUGCUUCUAGGAUUCUCUCCUUCAUUUUAAUCUUGGCUAAUGUAAUUCUGAUGUGCCUUGGUGAGUUCCUUCUUGGGUCCACCUUCUUUGGGACUCUCUGAGCUUCCUGGAUUUCCUGGAAGUCGAUUUCCUAUGCCAGAUUGGGGAAGUUCUCCUUUAUUAUUUGUUCAAAUAAGUGCUCCACUUGUGAUUGUUCCUCUUCCCCUUCUGGAAUCCCUAUAAUUUGGAUGUUGGAACAUUUAAAGAUGUCCUGGAGGUUUCUAAGCCUCUCCUCAUUUUUUUGAAUUCUUGUUUCUUCAUAUUUUCCUGUUUGGUCAUUUGUUCCUUCCUUCUGGUCCACUCCCUUGAUUUGAGUCCAUUUCCUUUUCAUCACUAUUGGUUUCCUGUGCAUUUCCCUUCAUUUCAAUUAGUUUAGCCUUCAUUUGUUCCUCUAAUUUGUGACUAAAAUCAACCAGUUCUGUGAGCAUCCUGAUCACUAGUGUUUUGAACUGUGCAUCUGAUGGGUUGGCUAUCUCUUGGUUGCUUAGAAGUAUUGGCUCUGGGGCUUUGAGCUGUUCUUCUUGAGCCAUAAUGUUUUGGUCUGUUUGCGCCUGUUAGGUAUGAGGUGGGGAGCCUUAGGUGUUCACGAGGGUGGGGCGACCCGGGUUUCUGGGUUAUGAUGUUGUAUGUGGGGGCCGGGUCAGAGAGGGGCAAUGGCGUUUGUUCCGCUCUCUCUUGGAUUUCGGUUUUCUCUGAUGCUUCCCGCAAGCAAACCAGGCCCUCCUGGUGCUGGCUUCCGGGUGUGUGGGCCUGUGCACCCUCCAGGACCCUGUGGGUCUCUCCAAUGAACUCUGUGAGCCUGGGAGCUUCUCCUAGCACCUAGACCCCGAAAGUCUUUCCAAUUGGUGCUUUUAGGCUUUAAUUCCCAUCGCUGGGGCCCUAGCCUGAUCAGUCUGUCUCACUGUUCCCUCCUUCGCUUGGUUUAUCUGCGUGAGAAUUCGUGACCGCGGUCAGCCAGCUGCCUUUUGCCCUCACUGGGUCCUCCCGUUGCCACCCCGCGCCUGGGAUCUGCCAACCGCACCUGCUCUCCUAGGUUGGUCAGGCUGAUCCCUCCUGCCUGACUGCUCCGCCGCUGACUCUGCCCCUCUUACCGGUCUGGCUGAAUGGUUCAUUGUUGUCAGACUUCUGUACAGUUCAAUUUUCUGUGUUUUGGCUGUGUUUUUGUUACUAAAACUUUGUUGUCUUUAAACUUGGUUGUGCAAGGAGGCACAGUGUUUUCACCUAUGCCUCGAUCUUGGCCGGAAGUCAGAAAGUAUAUAUUCUUCACUUGUUCACUUGCAUUAGCUGUUUAUGUGCCAGAUGCUUUCACUGAACAGGUGGUAUUGUAGCAUUGAUGACAGUGGUAAACUGACAGAGACCUCGUAGUUACUGUCUAACAGAAGGUCUGAAGGGGAAGAUGAGAUAUACUUAUUUUUAUGUUCAUUUCUACAAAUGGUUUGUGUAAUAAACCUGAUACUGAGAUGCACCAGUGUUCAAAAGAUAAACAAUAUAAGAAAAGUCUGUAAUGUUUUCUGACUGUCAUCUAUCUAAAAGAAAAGAAUUAUUGUGGGAAAAAUUUUAAAGAUUAAAAAAAGAAAAAUGAGUAUAAAAGUUUAGAAAAUAAAAGUCCUGCCAUAUCAUAUAGUUUCACUCCCUGGUGAUAUAUACUGUUUGGAGCAUGUCCUUCCAGUUUGUUUAUGGUACAUGCAAUUAUUUAAAAAUUAUCUACUUUAAUACUUUAAAUGUGUUUUUCCUAAAAAGAGGACCCGGGAGGCUGCACCAGCGUGUGGUGGGGAAGCCGGGAGAGCCACAGGUAGGAAGGAUAGUCAGCCCUGUGGACCAAGAAUGUGGGCUUCAGGGCUCGCUGCAACCAAGGCUCCAGCUGCUGCUGAGAGAGCCUGACAGGUGAACGUCUUUGAGCACCAGCUUCCUUAUCUGGGGAUAAAUAAUAUGGCCUGAUGAAAUUGUUGUGAAAAUUAAUUGCAAUAAUGUACAUAAAAUACCAGGAAAAUACUUGCUCAAUAAGUGGUAGCUGGAUAUUCAAAUACUGUUUUCAUUCAGUUAAAUAAUGAGUUGACUACUUUAAAGGUAGAAUAUCAGAAUGACUAAUAACAACAAUGACAAAAGGCAUUUUCAGAAAGUAUAUAGGUAAUGCAUUUAUUAUAGAAAAUGAAGAUGAGCUUAUAGUCUUCCAAAUACACACAAAUAAUUAUUCUAUGACCCCCAACCCAACAGAGCCACUAUUAAUAUUUUGAAACACAGCCUUCCAUUCUUACCAUAGGUUGAUAUGGGGUGGGGCAAAAGUAGGUUUACAGUUUGUAUGGAAAAAAAUAAAAUAAUAUAAGAAUAAACUUUUGAGUACUCACAACUAUAAACAUACUUUUGCCCCACCCUAUAUUUAUAUAAGCAUAUUAUAGG